AUGUCUUCAAUUAUAGAUAAAAUACUAUCAGAGCACGAUUCAGGGUUAUCCAAUGAAAUAGGUCUAUUCAAAAAGAUCAGAAAUCAAUCAGACCUUCAAGGUAAUCCACAAGCCAUCCUAGAUGCUAUCGAUGACUAUGGUACAUCACAUAGGAUCAUUAACAUUGGUGCACACAAGGGGAAAUUAUUAACCGAUCACAUUAAAGAAACUGAACCAGAAGUUAUUGUUGAAUUUGGUACUCAUACUGGAUAUUCAAGUAUUCUCAUGGCAAAACAAUUGGACGAAAUUGGAUCAUCAACUUCUAAAAUCUAUACAUUUGAAGCCAAUGAAACAAUGUAUGAAUUGAGUAAAGAAAUUGUUAAAUUAUCAGGUUUGCAACAUAGAAUUGUUCAAGUUCUAGGUAAAGCUGGUGAUAAACUAGAUACUUUAUCUAGUAACUUUGGUGUUGACAGAAUAAAUUUGUUAUUUAUUGAUCAUUGGAAAUUCAGUUAUCUACCUGACUUGCGUGUUGCUGAAACAUUAGGUUAUAUCACAAAGGGAUCCACUUUAUUUGCAGAUAAUAUAAUUUAUCCAGGUGCACCUGAGUAUACUAAAUAUGUCAAGGCACCUCCUAUUUAUAAGAAUGAAUACAAUACCAAUAAUAUCAAUCCAAAUGGGAGAAACUAUGUUGGUAAAUGGAAUUUAUUAUAUGAAUCUGAAACUGUUGAAUCAACUAAUGGAGUUGGUCGCAAAGAUGCGGUUGAAAUCACUAAAUGUGUUGGGAUUUUGGAUUCAUAA